AUAAUUUGAAAUGGUUCGAUAAAUGGCGCUUUACAGCGAUAUCAAUCGAUAAGUUGAAAAUAUUUCGAUUCUCGAAAUGAUAUAAAGCAAUCGUUUAAAAUGGAAAUGGCGUUUGAUCUUUUGUUUUUAUCGAUAAAAUGUUAUUCGUGAUAAAUUAAAAUAUUUUUUUUAGUUAUCAAUGCGGUCUCGAUAAAUUGUUCGAUUAGAAAUCGUUAAUAUUAGAAAAAUUUCGCGUAAUGUGGCUUAUAUCGUUGACAUUUUAUAGUUUAAAAAUAUUGUGUAUUUUCGUAUUCGUCGUUUAUUGCGUGAUCGCUUUCCUCAUGAUCAUGUACAAUAAUCGAAUAGAGGAAUUGAAAAAAUGUAUUGCCGUCCCAAAUGUAAAUUCGGAAGCAGAAUUUCUAAUAGAAGUCAGUUAAAAUAAUAUUAUCAGCAAAAAUCAAUUGUUAAAGAUACGUGACGAUAUUUUAUUUCAGAAUAAUUUGUCGAUUUUCGAGAAAAUUAACAAUCGAUUGUUUCAGACUCGCGAUAGCGUGGAAGAUAGAUUGGAAGCUUUAACGGAAAAGCUUACAGAAAAAGAGCAUGUACUGGAGCGAUCGCAUUGCGAAGUAAACCGCACGGAGAUGGUGUUGAGUGAUUUGGAAAAUAAAACGUCAACCUGUCAUGAUCGAUAUCGUUUGUUGAUGAUCGAGCUGAAGAACGACAUUCGAAAAACCGAGGACGAGGUAAAAACGUUGCAAAAUCAAAUUUCGGGUUUGUCGAUUCGGCGGGAAACUCUUAAAAACGAUGCAAUAAAGGUAGUACCAAUUUCACAGGAGGUAAUCUGUAGAAGGUGAAAGAAACUAAUAAUUUGUAAUGUAAUCUUAGCAACAAGAAGAUUAUCAAAAAAUGUUGAAUAAUUUUACCAAGGAGCUAGAAAAUAAAAAGCUACUGUUUUGUAGGUUUCCAUAAGUCUUUUCUAAUUUUAUUUAAAAGUUGAUUUUUCCGUUGCAAUAUCCGAUCGUCUUUCGCGACAUUAAUCAUUAUUUGAAUUAAUGAUUGCAGCUUCCGGAAUCGAGAAAUCGAGGCACCCUCGCGUGAGUUGUCUCGCUUUAUUACUUACAAUAUUUUUGCUUAAGUAUUACUUAAGUAUUUUAUUACUUACAAUAUGUAGUUACUUUUAAUUCACCGUUCGCAGUAUCGUUUUUCAUAUUAAACAGAAAGGAACGGACCGUUGAGAGAAUAUAUAAAUACAACUUCGACCUGGAGUGCUAAGGUAGCACCGAAUCAGACGAGGAUAUAUUUUAUAUUUUCGAUCGACUAAUUUAUUUAGUAUUCACAAUAUGUACAUUGAAAUAAACGGUAAAUAUGAAAGUUGUGACUGCAUAUACAAUCAUACCGAAUGAUUAAUUAAUUAUUUUUCGGAAUUUUUUUCGAACUCGAAAGGAGAAGAAAGAAAAGAAAAGGAAAGGGAAAGAAACUUGAAACAUAUAUGUGACAUAUAGUAGAUUGAUCAGCGUAAAUUUCAAAGAAAAAAGAAAAAAAAAAUGAAAAUUCGUGAAAGUAAUUUUCGCAUGUAGCAUUACAUAUAUGUUAAACUUGGCAGAAAUAUUAUAUCGGAUUUCACUUUGAAACACCUUGUAACUGUCUUACUUUUAGAGACAACAAAAUACAUGUAUCAGAUAAAGAAAAAAGGGACGUUUAUUUCUUGUUUCACAAUGUACAGUAGUGCUUAAUAGUGGUUAAUCGAGAAGUAUCUUCGCUUCGAAAAAUUUUCAUCGUCUCUAAAAUUAAGGGAGUUAUUUGGAUUAUCUGUUUUAAGUGCCUCACCCUUUAUAAUCAUCGAAUUAUUCAUGUUAUAGAAAUGCAUGAGAAUGAAAGUUUCGAAAGAUAUUUUAAGGCACUUUCUUUCCUUUUUACGAUAAACAGGUUUUCUCGAGCAAAACGUUACGUUUGUUUCUGGAUACAUGCGAAGAUUGCAGUCGUUGCAAUGAACAUAAAGGAAGGAUUUUUUAAUGGAAAAACCUGUAUGAAAUUUUCGUUGAACUCCUCACAAGGAAUCACCUUUUUUUGCUCCCCUAAUUCUUUCUCCUUUUUCUUCUGGCAAAAUUCAAAUUCUCCGCAUCACGAUGCGGAGCAGAAACAAAGGAAUAUCUCUUACAUUUCAACAUCGGUCGUUGAAAAUUAUUUGCUAUUUGUUAGUAAUUUCGUUUUACGCGUCAACAUCGGUAUCAACCAACAUUUUUUCUCAACUAUCGGGCACGAAAAAACGCAUUCAAUACAGUUAAAAAAUGUUCGUUAACAUGCCUCCUUAUGUCACGAGUUCUGAGAAUCGGUUGCAGAUAUAUUAAUUCGUCGUUA